GGGGAGGCUUUUUUGAAGGCGAACGCUGCGCAGCCGGGCGUGGUGACGACUGCGAGCGGCCUGCAGUAUCGCAUGCUCCAGGUGGGCGAUGGGAGGCAGCACCCGCUGCCAGGCACGAGCUGCUCGUGCCACUACGAGGGAAGGACAGCGCAGGAGCACUCCAAGUUGCCGCCCGGCAAGAAGUUUGACUCUUCCUUUGACCGAGGAGAGCCGGCCAGCUUUGCGCCGAACCAGGUGAUUCGCGGGUGGACCGAGGCGCUGCAGCUCAUGGUGGCGGGCGACAAGUGGGAGCUGUACAUCCCGAGCCAGCUCGGCUACGGCGAGGGCGGCGCCGGCGACGACAUCGGCGCAGGAGACGUGCUCGUGUUUACACUGCAUUUGCUUGGCGUGAAUGGGCCGGGA